GUUAACACGAGGGUUUCCUCCGAGCCGAGUACCUGAUCUCUGGAUUAGAGGGUACAGAUCACGCAUCAGACUGGCAGCGCCGCUGUGUGUGUGUGUGUGUGUGUGUGUGUGUGUGUGUGUGUGUGUGUGUGUGUGUGUGUAGAGUGUGUGUGUGUGUGUCCCCACAACGGAAAAGGGGAUCUUCGUUAAAUUGUGACCCAGUCUUGCUGCUUUUCGUUUGAACAACAACUGCACCCCAAGGAGAAUAAACCUCCCCAAAUCUUCUUACCGGAAACUUUUGAAGAUAUAUAUAUAUAUAUUUUUUUUUUUUUUUGUCAGCCUGAGGAAGUUGUGAAAAAAGUUUUUCCAUAUUUUAUAUAUAUAUUGUUUCUAUGUUAUGAAACUAUUGAAUAGCGCCGCUGUCUCUGGAUUUCUCCUCUUCGAGUAACUAUACAGGCGAUUCCUCUUGUGAACGACUGCCAGUCUCGGAUUUAUUCUUUUUUUUAAUGUUUGGAAUCCAGAAUCAUUUAUCCAGAGAGGGAUCGGAUAUUAAAGAGAAGACCUCCGGAGUUGAGAUGGAUUCCAUCCGAUCCUGGGUGCGCAAUGUCGGUGUUGUGGAUGCUAAUGUAGCGUCACAAAGUGGUGUGGCUCUGUCCCGGGCUCACUUUGAGAAGCAGCCCCCCUCCAAUCUCCGCAAAUCCAACUUCUUCCACUUCGUACUGGCGCUGUACGACCGACAAGGACAGCCAAUCGAAAUCGAGAGGACCUCCUUCUUCGACUUUGUAGAACACGACAAGGAGCAAAGUGGUCAGAAGACAAAUAAUGGAACACACUACAAACUCCAGCUUCUGUACAGCAAUGGGGUGCGGACGGAGCAGGAUUUGUACGUCAGGCUCAUUGACUCUGCAUCCAAACAGCCCAUCUCGUAUGAAGGGCAGAACAAGAACCCCGAGAUGUGCCGCGUGCUGCUGACUCAUGAAGUCAUGUGCAGUCGAUGUUGUGAGAAGAAGAGCUGUGGGAAUCGUAACGAGACCCCCUCAGACCCUGUGAUCAUCGACAGAUUUUUCUUGAAGUUCUUCCUCAAGUGCAACCAGAACUGUCUGAAGACAGCAGGGAACCCACGAGACAUGAGACGUUUCCAGGUGGUCCUCUCCACGACGGUCAGUGUGGACGGUCAUGUCCUGGCGGUGUCCGACAACAUGUUCGUCCACAACAACUCGAAGCACGGACGCCGCGCCCGGAGGCUUGACCCCUCGGACGCGACAGAGCCUGGCAUGGAGUACGCCACGCCCUGUAUCAAAGCCGUCAGUCCUAGCGAGGGCUGGACAACAGGGGGCGCCAUGGUCAUCGUCAUUGGAGAGCACUUCUUCGAUGGGCUGCAGGUGGUCUUUGGGACCAUGCUGGUCUGGAGUGAGUUCAUCACGCCCCAUGCCAUCCGCAUUCAGACCCCUCCUCGGCACAUCCCCGGAGUGGUGGAGGUGACCCUGUCUUACAAGUCCAAGCAGUUCUGCAAGGGGGCUCCAGGCCGUUUCAUAUACACGGCCCUCAAUGAACCCACCAUCGACUACGGCUUCCAGCGUCUCCAGAAGGUCAUUCCCAGACACCCAGGAGACCCAGACAGACUGGCCAAGGAGAUGCUUCUCAAGAGAGCUGCUGAUCUGGUGGAGGCUCUGUAUGGAAACGCACAGAGUAAUCAGGACAUGCUGUUGAAGCGUGCAGCAGAUAUCGCGGAGGCCCUGUACAGCAUCCCUCGCCCUCACAGUCAGCUCCAGGCCCUGCCCAGCUCCCCGGCUCACGGCAGUGUCAUGGGGCUCAACACCUACAGCAGCCAGCUGGGGGUCAGCAUCGGAGAUCCCGGGCAGAACGGGCAAGGAGGUUACAUCCGGAACACCAGCAGCCUGUCUCCGCGUGGCUACCCCUCUGCCUCCACGCCCCAGCAGGGUGGCUACGGCAGCGCGGGCGGGAUGAAUGGCUAUGGCGCGGUGCCCAUAUCCUCGCUGGGAGUGCCAGGCUCGCCAGGCUUCACCAGCGCCUCCCCCACAGCAUCGCCCUACGGAAUCAUGCCCUCCAGCCCCACAGUGCCCGGCUCUGGCGGCGCCUCCAUCCUGCCCUUCUCCUCCUUCCCCUCGGUCAAGCAGAAGAGUGCCUUCGCGCCAGUCAUCCGCCCGCAGGGCUCCCCCUCCCCAGCCUGCCCAAGCGCCGGGGGCAACGGCUUCAGAGCCAUGACUGGUCUUGUGAUACCUCCAAUGUAAGAGACCUCCCCUCCUCCCUCUAUCCCCUCUGACGGCAUGACAGCGGAACCCCAAAACAGGAGCCCCCCUCUGAUUGAACCCUGGAUUCAGGACUCCCCCCGUUUUGGGAUUUUUAACUUGAUCCUCGAGCCUGGUACAAACUGUAUGGGUAAACACACCGGGAGACCGGAGGGGUUCCUGCAGCUAACCUGGCAGAAACGACACAGCGAGAACAAGCUAAUGCACAAAGCUGCCUUCCAUCCACACAGGAGACUGCCAGGCGAUUUAGGGGGGCUUUCUUUUAACUAAAGGGUCGUGGAGCAAUUCUCUGGACUCACAUACACACACAGGAACCGGACAAGAGCAGACGACUUGAAGCCUCAGAGACCUGAGGAUUUUACCGGCGGUUAUCAGGACACUAUCCGACCCAGGAAACUGCAAAGACAGCGGUCAAGCUUUCUGCUCUGGUUCACAAACUCUUAUUUGUAAAGAACUGGGAGGCGGGAUCGGACUGACAGACAGACACGCCCAGGAACCAAUCACAGUGUUUCCUGCCCCUUUGUCUUUUUCCAUUAUUUAAAAAUUUAACUUAUUAUUAUUAUAGUUAGAGUAAGGCAUAAUA